UCAGUUGUGUCAGUCAGCCACUGCUAUCAAAACAGUACGCUAAACCAGUCGCUACCUGACUUCUCGGCGAGAAUUAAACAAAGUCAUUUGACACGUUACGGGCGGAUGUAUGUGGAGAGUAGGUGGCUGUGGUAGUUUGUAUUGUAGUAUCGCCGUUCAUGAGGAUAAAAUCAAAACAGUCGGAAAUGUUACCCGGGCCCGUAGCCAGCAGCGGACUCAUGCACAAGCGUUGACUACAUCCCAGUAAACAUGCACUGCAGUGGAAGCCAAGUCUCGAAUCACCCGUCCACGUUUGACAGUGAGGAUGAUCAGAUUGAUGGGGCAGUGCGUAGCUUCAACCAUGAACACAUGAGGAAAGCUUUCUGCCUCAUGAAUGACCUGCGCAGCAGGAGGCAGCUGUGUGAUGUCCUCUUGGUGGCAGGGGAGGUGGAGGUCCCGGCCCACAAGGUGGUGUUAGCUUCCUGCAGUCCUUACUUCUGUGCCAUGUUUACAGGGGACAUGAGUGAGAGUAAAGCCCAGCGGGUGGAGAUUCGGGAUGUGGAUGGACUCACUCUCAGCUGCCUAGUGGAGUACAUCUACACCGCCGAGGUCCAGGUGUCUGAGGAUAACGUGCAGGUUCUCCUGCCUGCUGCUAGCCUGCUGCAGCUGAUGGAUGUGCGUCAGGUGUGCUGUGAGUUCCUGCAGGCCCAGCUGCACCCCUCCAACUGUCUGGGCAUCCGCGCCUUCGCCGACCUACACACCUGCACUGCCCUGCUCAGCCACGCGCACGCAUACGCAGAGCAGCAUUUCUCGGAGGUAGUUCAGGGAGAGGAGUUCAUGACACUCUCACUGCAGCAGGUCUGCAGUCUCAUCGCCAGCGAUAAACUCACCGUGUCCUCAGAGGAAAAGGUGUUUGAGGCCAUGGUGGCCUGGAUUAAUCAUGAUAAGGAGGCUCGUUUGGAGCACAUGCCCAAACUUAUGGAGCAUGUCAGGCUGCCUCUGCUCUCCAGAGAUUACCUGGUCCAGAGGGUGGAGGAGGAGGCUCUCAUUAAGAAUAAUAACACCUGCAAGGACUUCCUGAUUGAGGCCAUGAAGUAUCACCUGCUCCCAGCAGACCAGCGCCACCUCAUCAAGACUGACCGGACACGACCACGCACACCCGUCAGUCUGCCAAAGGUAAUGAUCGUGGUGGGUGGACAGGCCCCUAAAGCCAUCCGUACAGUGGAGUGUUAUGACUUCCAGGAGGAGCGCUGGUACCAGGUAGCAGACCUGCCCUCCAGGCGCUGCCGAGCAGGUGUGGUGUUCAUGGGCAGUCGUGUGUAUGCGGUGGGGGGGUUUAACGGCUCCCUGCGCGUGCGGACGGUGGACAUGUACGAGGGCGGCCGGGACCAGUGGAGCACGGUGGCCAGCAUGCAGGAGCGCCGCAGCACACUCGGGGCCGCCGUGCUGGGAGACCUGCUCUACGCCGUGGGGGGGUUCGACGGCAGCACAGGUCUGGCGUCUGUGGAGGCCUACAACUGGCGGUCCAAUGACUGGACGUUUGUGGCGUCCAUGAACACCCGGCGCAGCAGCGUUGGCGUGGGAGUGGUGGACGGUAAGCUGUAUGCAGUAGGAGGAUAUGACGGAGCAUCUCGUCAGUGCCUGAGUACAGUAGAGGAGUUUGACCCGGUCAGGAACCAGUGGGUCUACGUGGCCGACAUGAGCACCAGGCGCAGUGGAGCAGGUGUGGGCGUGCUAGGGGACCAGCUCUAUGCAGCUGGGGGGCACGACGGGCCACUGGUGAGGAAGAGUGUGGAGGUGUUUGACCCCCCCAGCAACACCUGGAGACAGGUGUGCGAUAUGAACAUGUGCCGCCGCAACGCAGGUGUGUGUGCCAUUAAUGGGAUGCUGUACGUGGUCGGGGGGGACGACGGCUCCUGUAACCUCUCCUCGGUGGAGUUCUACAACCCAGCCGCAGACAAGUGGAGCCUCCUGCCCAUCAACAUGGGCAAUGGGCGGAGCUAUGCAGGUGUCUCAGUCAUUGACAAACCAUCAUGACAAUCAGCCCCCGCCAUCAGUAACUUCCCUUGGACCAAUCACAAGAUAGACUGCAGUCCACCGGAGACCAUGAUGACCAAUCAGAAAACAGACUGUAACCACCUGGGGCCCACCUGGGGCAGUCAGGCAGAAGACUGCGACCCAGACUCUGACUGAUUUACCCAUCAGCCCCUGCUGCUGCACGCCGCAUGCUGACCCAACAACCAAUCCCUGACUGCGCUGCCUGGAGUGGCCCCACCCUCCCUGAGAUGGACGUACCCUCUCCUCCAAUCAGAGAAUGGCAUGUAGUUAUGCCACACCCCCUUCCUUGACACUGUGGACAGGUCAAAAGCAAGGGCAAAAGUAUGGUGACCACUUCAAGCAAAAGCACAUUUCAAAUCACUUUAUUGAAGUUACAGAGAGGGACUCACAAACUCCAAAGAACCAUGAACGGAUGGAUUAAUAGUUCUCUUGAUGGAUGAGUGGAUGUGUCAUGUGAUGACUGAUGACUGGAGUUCAGGAACUCCACUGUGUGUGGAACAGGGUGGAGUGUUCCAUGUGUAACCGUGCCAACCAGUUCCAUCUCUGCUCUACUACUGAUUCUUUUGGCAUGCGGGGAGAGCAGCAAGAAUUAUCAGGAUCUCUCUCUACCUCCCAUUCUCCAACAGGAACCAUUCCUACUCCCAAUCCCCAUCCUCCAACAGGAACCAUCCCCACCUCUCCUCCCCUAUCCUCCAACAGGAACCAUUCCCACCCCCAAUCCCCAUCCUCCAACAGGAACCAUUCCAAUCUCUACCCUACCCUCCAACAGGAACCAUUCCAAUCUCUCUACCCCACCCUCCAAAAGGAACCAUUCCAAUCUCUCUACCCCAUCCUCCAACACGAACCAUUCCAAUCUCUCUACCCCAACCUCCAAUUGGAACCUCUCCCACCUCUUAACCCACCCUCCAACAGGAACCAUUCCCACCUCUCAUCCCCUUCCCUUCCAAUAAGAACCAUCCCCACACUACAAUUCUAUGCUAUAGACCAGAAGCAGUGCUGCAGUGCCACCUCUGACACACAGGGAGCGCCAGUGAGCUGCUGCCUAUGUGUGUGUGUGUGUGUGUGUGUGUGUGUGUGUGUGUGCGCGCAUGUGCGUUUGUGUUUGUGUGUGUGAGAAUGACUGUGCAACCAAAUAGGCAGACAGCAAUCUAAACCUAUGCUCACUUUCAGGAAUACAGUCAAGCACUUCUCACUCUCUCUCUUUCUCUCUCUUCCUUUCUCUUAAUAUCCUUCCUUUCCUUUAUUCUUUGUUUCCUUCCUGCAUUCUCCCCUCUUCCUGUCUCUCUCUCUCUCUCUCUCUCUCUCUCUCUCUUUCUCUGCGUUCUCCUGUGUGUCGGUGAUGAUGAGCUCUUUGUGUGAAGCUCACCCCUUGAAACACAACUGCAAAAUGAGAUUUGUGUGCCAGUCUGACUGAUCCUAGAUCUGAGGUCCGAGAUCGACGGAACAGAGAUAAUAAUGUAGCUUGUCUUGAGAUGUUUCUCGGACGUGUCCAGUAUUUAUCCCGGAUGUCUCAACGAUGUCUCGUUAAGAUGUAUCUGCCUGUAAGGAGCCUGAGGAGGACAAUGACGUGCCAAGCCAACUCUACAUUAAUCCUGUGCUGUGUGCAGCUGGAGCUGGUCAGAGGAGCUCCGCUGACCGGUCCAGUGGACCUCUGCAUGGCUGCGGCUUUACUCGGUUGUGUUAUAUCACGAUCCGGGGAUGAACUGAACUGACCCCCCCUCUGAUGUAGCAGCGCCACGCUGAGAGACUGACCUGGCUAUGCUGAGCGGGGCUCCGGUGCUGGUCAUCGGAGACCCCGACAGACUCGCGUUCACGGACUCUCGCAGCACGAAACCAGCCCCUCCUGAGUCCUCCGGUGGAAGGUGAACUACAGGGUUUCUGAGGGAUGGGAGCAGGGGGGGGGGGGGGGCUCGUCUCUUCUCAACAGUGUCAAUGUGUUAAGCACAUGUCUGUGUGUGUGUGUGUGUCACAAGCAUAUAUUCCAUAUGAUUGCAAAAGAAUUGUUUACUUUCUUGCCUUAGAGGUUCAGUCUCUCUAGUGUCGGUCGGAGUUCUUGAAAUAUACAAUGCAUUUGUGGAGUUGCCAUGGUUAUUAUUAUGAUGUACCUAUGAAAGGAACGUGACAGCUUAACUCCUUUUUUGUAACUUUUAUAACUUCCCCACCCCGCUGGUCAGAAAUAAUGCACAAUAGCGGCGUGUCUGGAGCCCACUUGAGCACUGAAUGAAUGAAAUAGUAAAUUUGCGAUUUUGUAAUCCUCUAAUCCUCUUGUGGAGCACAGUAGUUUAGCAAAUGUUCUUUACAGGUUGGCUGCCAACAAUGACCUGACUUUCUCCCAGCACAAAAAAAACCCACCACACAAAGCUUUGGCUUCUCGUUUUUUCUGUUUUCUGCCACCGGAGAGAUUGAAUGAGUUAAAAGCUACUCUUUACAGUAUCGCUAAUCUGUUCGGAUUGUGCCAGCCAGGUGGAAGAGCCUGUUACUAAACUAGCUCGCGUUCACAGGAUAAAUUAGGAUAAGAGCCUGUUGACUGUAUCAUAUGCAUUUACAAAUGAAGCUUACGGGAACAUAUCCUAAUUGUGUAUAGGGCAGUUUAGUGUGGUCAUCCACUAAAAUGUUUGCAACCCCGUGAACGAUGGGCCCUGUCACGUAUGCAUAGUGGAAAGUACAUAAUCAUGGAGAAGAGAAAGUGUUAACAGCAAGUGAUCUCAAGUAAAUGAGGAGGACCGUGUUGCCAGAGCGUUUGAAGCGAUGGCUACGGAAAACGCUAAGUAGCUGUCAGAUAGGGGGGGGGGAUCGCUCUGCCCAGUGUUCUAUGACGUUACCGUUCCGCACCAGAAAGGGUUUGAUGACCAGGUCUCUGACUAUGCACAUCCUUGCAAGUGGCGUCAUGUUGGUGCUGAUGGCCGUCACACGCCUGUUUCACACUAAGGAAAGACAUUUGAUUUGACCUGCUCACCUGGGUUGUUCAAUUGUACAGUGUAGUUGAUGCUCAACAGACGUUUUAACUGUAUCUAUACGAAAUGUGUUGAAGGAAAUAAAGACAUGUA